AUAUCAUACCAAAGGUGAAUUUAUUUUUAAAUGAUGAAAAAGAUGGGAGAGUACUUGAAGACAAUUCUUCUUCUGGUACUACGUACACCAUUGGUUGCUGGCAAUCCCACAAACAAGGCGGUUUGUAAGCGAGACACAGACGGAAGCACUUCGGUGACAGUGCUGGUAGCAGUCACCUUUCCUAUGACUAUAAUUAUGUUUUUCAUGCUAACAUGGUACAAAGGAGAUAGUGACACAUUGUUUAACCUGAAUUGGGCCAGCAAAGCACCGUUCCUGUGGAUUGCUGUCAUUAGUCAGACUUGGUUCUUAGCAAUUGUAUUAAAAAAUCAGAAGUUCUGGAUGAAAGAAAACUUAAAAUGGAAGAGAAAUCGAUCCGCUGUCAUUCAGUUAGCAUUUUUAUGGACAUUUGGAAUAGCAAUGAUCCUCCAAAGUUGUUUAGAAAUCGUCGCCAUGGGACAAUGCAUUAGAAAUGUUCAUAGUGUCGCUUUUGGUUACACUGGACGACUUUUUUCAUCAACUGCAAAAACUGCAUACUUACUAUUCCAACUAGUGUUCCUGUCGUGCAAUUUUGGAAAGUACUUCAUAAAAAACACAAUAUAUAUUAACUUCACAUUGGGUGGUUUGCUGUUUGCUAAUGGAGUAAUUUGGUUGGAAUAUGUGUCUGAGAGGUCGGCGCACUUGUUUAUGUAUGAGAACAAUACAGUGCUUAAUCAAACAUUGCUGUGCUACUACCAUUCCAUGGCACACCAAACUAUCAAGACCAUACAUUCUUACAUUGUUCCUGUAACAGCAGAAUAUAUUUUAGUAGCCACAUUGUUUCUAGUUAAUAUGUUUCCAAAGCAAAAGAAUACUAAAUAUUCUUUAGAAAACAGUCAUAACUAUAGUGAGGAGAAUGAAUCUGGACAGAAUAUGGAAAAUAUAAAAAAUAUGGGAUACUUGAUUACUGUUUUUGUCCAUGUUCCUCUGUUCGUUUUAGCCGUAUUGGCUCGUUUUGUAUAUGCGCAUAAUACAGAUAAUAUCCUUGCUUUGUGGGAGACCUUAGCUACAAUACAAAAGCUCUUCAUGUUGAUUUUAAAUUUUGUUGGGUUUUCUUUCCUUGAACCCCGAAAAUUUCGAUCUUGGAAAUUGUCUUUCGAUGAUUAUAUACUCCUGUGUUGUAUGGUUGCAAAGCUAGUUCGUGUAUUUCCUGUCACUCUUUCUAUUUUGAACUGUAAAAUGAAUCACAGAACUUUACUUUUAUCCAAUAAUGUGAUAUAUCUUCUUCAAAUAUUUUACUUUACAAUUUAUAUCCUUAUGUCUAACCGCCAGAUGUGCGUACAUAACAGGCAUAGAUCUCGAGUUUCAACAGUUAUUCAGUCUGUGUUUUUUGUAAUUAUGACCGGUAGGUGGGGAAUAGAAUCGUUUAUUCUGUCAGAACAAGGUACUGAUAUUAUAACAGAUAAGAAAAUUUGUGUAUUUAAUGAUAAACGAGAAUGGACUAUGAUCCAAUACGUGGUAGCACCAUUUAGUGUAUUUUACGAAUUUUUCUCUGCCAUGAUUUUGUACAGGUCACUACAUUAAGUGUGUUCUAAAGGUUUGUUAAAUUGUUAACAAAUUACUCUGGCUAUAUUAAAGAAUUUUCGGUUUUAUUUCACUUGUAAAUACACCUUGUUGUUAUCGACAGGCAACGUUUUUCCAAGAGUAUAAUGUAAAACAAGUAAUAAAAAGAAUCGCUAAUGAUUUGCGAUGGUAUAUGAUAUUUAUCCAUCUCGUUAUGUGUUUUUAUCUCCUCAUUGAGGAUCGGGGAUAGAAAACACACAACUCGUUGGAUAAAAACCAGAUACCAAUUCCUGAGAGAUGCUAAAUAAAUAUAUUAAUACUGUAUACAGGGUUAUUUUCGCCCGUGUUAUUUUCACCCUUCUUCACUUGGAAAUGGUUUCGCCCUGUCUUGAAUUCGCCCAGACAAAGUGUGUUAAAAAGGGAGAUAAUUUGAGACAUUGGAAUUCGCCCAGUCUUAAAAGUUUAAACGCCAUUUAUUUUAAAAGGUGGCUUUCUAUUAUUCUAAAUUAUAAGACAUUAAUUAAAAAUUUCAGAUUCAUUUAAAUUUGCUAAAAAGGACAAUGACAUUAUAUAAUGAUAGCCAAAUAUAUGAAUAUUCGUACGUUGUAAAGCAAUAUGUAGGCAAUUUAAGAUAUUCUUCUCGUUUUUACCCUCCUAUCGUAUACCUAAGUUAACUGCACAGUUAUUGAUCUAUAGCAUCUGUAUAUGCCGCCAAAAAACUAAGAAACACGGACAUUUGUAGGGCCUCAAGAUAACUGUAGCAGAAUGAGUGAUCCUAUCUGUGAAGAUGUGUUUAAAAAUUAGACACUUUAGAAUUUGACAAUUAUAAUAGUAUUAAAACUAUUUUGUUGAAUUACCUUAUAUACAUAUAUUGGCAUGACUAAUAUUGUUAUUGCUAUAUCUAUUAUUUUCAAAACGAAAAAAUAUAUCUUUUAAUUUUGGUUUUUUAACUUAUUUUUCAAAAAACUUAUAUGGCUGUAAGCAAUGCCCAGCACAUCCGUGUGGACUAUGUAUACAUUGUUAACGUGCACUUAG